AUGAGUAGUCCUGCUUUUAGCUCCAGCCAGCCUGAUAUGUCCAGUCCUGCCAGUUUUAGCUCCAGCCAGUCUGAUAUGACCAGCCCUAGUUUUAGCUCCAGCCAGCCUGAUAUGACCAGUUCUCCUGCUGUUAGCUCCAACCAGCCCACAGUGCCUGCUAGUCAUGUGGUAACAACUAUUCUGGGUGCCAGCUCCAGCCCAAGUAUGUCCAAUUCUGACCAUGUUGCUAGUUCCAGCCAGUCUGGAAGCAUGUCGGAAACUGUUGCUCCAUCUAGAAGUGUUUCGGAGACUGUUGUACCAUCUAGAAGUGUGUCGGAAACUGUUGCUCCAUCUAGAAGUGUGUCGGAAACUGUUGCUCCAUCUAGAAGUGUGUCGGAGACUGUUGUACCAUCUAGAAGUGUGUCGGAAACUGUUGCUCCAUCUAGAAGUGUGUCGGAGACUGUUGUACCAUCUAGAAGUGUGUCGGAAACUGUUGCUCCAUCUAGAAGUGUGUCGGAGACUGUUGUACCAUCUAGAAGUGUGUCGGAAACUGUUGCUCCAUCUAGAAGUGUUUCGGAGACUGUUGUACCAUCUAGAAGUGUGUCGGAAACUGUUGCUCCAUCUAGAAGUGUGUUGGAAACUGUUGCUCCAUCUAGAAGUGUGUCGGAAACUGUUGCUCCAUCUAGAAGUGUGUUGGAAACUGUUGCUCCAUCUAGAAGUGUGUCGGAGACUGUUGUACCAUCUAGAAGUUUGUCGGAGACUGUUGAACCAUCUGGAAGUUUGUCAGAGGCUGUUGUACCAUCUAGAAGUUUGUCGGAGACUGUUGCUCCAUCUAGAAGUGUGUCCGAAACUGUUGCUCCAUCUAGAAGUGUGUUGGAAACUGUUGCUCCAUCUAGAAGUGUGUCGGAGACUGUUGAACCAUCUGGAAGUUUGUCAGAGACUGUUGUACCAUCUAGAAGUUUGUCGGAGACUGUUAUACCAUCUAGAAGUUUGUCGGAGACUGUUAUACCGUCUAGAAGUAUGUUGGAGACUGCUGUGGUGGAGAGUACUACAGAGCAGAUGUCGAUCCUCAUUUCAUCUUUGUUGACACCAAGUGGGACUCCAGUGUUGGAGAGUUCUUCAAAACAAAAGUCGGCCUAUAUUUCGUCUAUGGUGAUGCCAAGUAGUACACCAGUGUUGGAGAGUUCUACGGAGCAGACGUCAGCCUACAUUUCAUCUUUGUUGACACCAAGUGGGACUCCAGUGUUGGAGAGUUCUCAAGAGCAGACGUCAGCCUACAUUUCAUCUUUGUCAACACCAAGUAGUACUCCAGCGUUGGAGAGUUCUGUGGAGCAGACAUCAGCCUACAUUUCAUCUUUGUUGACACCAAGUGGGACUCCAGCGUUGGAGAGUUCUCAAGAGCAGACAUCAGCCUACAUUUCAUCUUUGUUGACACCAAGUGGGACUCCAGUGUUGGAGAGUUCUACAGAGCACACAUCAGACUACAUUUCAUCUUUGUUGACACCAAGUGGGACUCCAGUGUUGGAGAGUUCUCAAGAGCAGACAUCAGCAUACAUUUCAUCUUUGUUGACACCAAGUGGGACUCCAGUGUUGGAGAGUUCUACAGAGCACACAUCAGCCUACAUUUCAUCUUUGUUGACACCAAGUGGGACUCCAGUGUUGGAGAGUUCUCAAGAGCAGACAUCAGCCUACAUUUCAUCUUUGUUGACACCAAGUGGGACUCCAGUGAUGGAGAGUUCUACAGAGCACACAUUAGCCUACAUUUCAUCUUUGUCAACACUAAGUAGUACUCCAGUGUUGGAGAGUUCUGUGGAGCAGACGUCAGUCUACAUUUCAUCUUUGUUGACACCAAGUGGGACUCCAGUGUUGGAGAGUUCUACAGAGCACACAUCAGCCUACAUUUCAUCUUUGUCAACACUAAGUAGUACUCUAGUGUUGGAGAGUUCUGUGGAGCAGACGUCAGCCUACAUUUCAUCUUUGUUGACACCAAGUGGGACUCCGGUGUUGGAGAGUUCUACAGAGCAGAUGUCAGCCUACAUUUCAACUUUGUCAACACCAGGUAUUACUCCAGCAUUGGAGAGUUCUGUGGAGCAGACGUCAGCCUACAUUUCAUCUUUGUUGACACCUAGUAGUACUCUAGUGUUGGAGAGUUCUUCAAAACAAACAUCAACCUUUUUGUCGUCUUUGGUGAUGCCAGGUAGUACUCCAGUGUUGGAGAGUUCUACGGAGCAGACGUCGGUCUACAAUUUGUUUUCGUUGACACCAAGUAGUACUGCAGUGUUGGAGAGUUCUGUGGCGCAGACGUCAGUCUACAAUUCAGUUUCGUUUACACCAAACAGCACUCCAGUGUUGGAGAGUUCUGUGGAGCAGACGUCGGUCUUUAAUUCGUUUUCAUUGACACCGAGAAGUACUCCAGUGCUGGAGAGUUCGUCAAAGCAGACGGUAACAGUCAUUUCUUUGUUGACGCCCAGUGCUGCCUCUAGUGGACGUUUUACACCAGGACUUGAAUCAACUGACCUACAUUCGACAAAUCUUCAUUUGGAAUCCUCGUCGACAAUGGCGUGGACUUCGAGCAUUGUUUCCAGUCAGCUGUUUUCUUCAGUCAUUCCUUCAGGUAUUGUAAUGAUUACAUUUUCCAUUGGUGAAAGAGAAAUAACCCCACUGUGA